AUGCUAAUCCCCCCCUCCACCACCCAGUUCAACCAGCCCUACAAAAUUCACCAAAUCCCCGUCCCCAAGCACGAUCUCGGCUCACACGACCUCCUCAUCAAAAUUGCCGUCGCCUCCCUCUGCCACACCGACUCGAUGGUUGCAGCAGGCACCUACACGCCACCUCUCCCCUGCACCGCCUCGCACGAAGGCGCCGGCACCGUCGCGCUGCAAAGCUCCUUCCCCUCCGUCGCCGCAGCCGCCUUCCCGCCGGGCACGCGCAUCAUGUGCGGCCUCUACCUGCGCCACUGCGGCGCCUGCGCCGACUGCGCGGCCGGGCAGCCGCAGUACUGCGCCCGCAGCGCCGGCGCCAUCGGCGUGCACACGCACGGCGCCUUCGCCCAGUACGCGCGCGUCGACGCCCGCAACGCCGUGCGCCUGCCCGACAACGUCACUUUUGCGACGGCGGCGCCGUUGGCCUGCGCGGGCUGCACCAUCUACCGCGGGGUGACGGCCGCGGCGGGGUUGGGCGCGGGCGAGUGGCUCUGCCUGGUUGGUGCGGGCGGCGGGCUCGGGCAUUUGGGGGUGCAGUUUGCGAAGGCAAGGGGCCUGCGCGUCGUUGGGGUCGAUGCGCGUGAUGAGGGGUUGGCGCUGGCGAGGGAGGCGGGCGCGGAUGUAGUGGUGGAUGCGCGGGUGGGGAAGGAGAGGGUCGUGGAGGAGGUGCGGAGGGUGACGGGUGGUGGGGGAGCGGACGCGACGGUGACGCUUGCGGAUGCGCAGGGUGCGGCGGCAUUGGCGUGCGCGGUGACGAAGGUGCAUGGGUUGAUGGUGCAGAUUGCGCAGCCGGAUGAGGUUGCCAUACCUUUCCACGAACUUAUCUUUCGUGACAUCAAGAUUCAUGGCUCGCUUAUUUCCUCGCCCAAGGAAGCGCGCGAGAUGAUGAAGGUGGUGUCGGAGAAUGGCAUCUCCGUCAAGACGAACCCGGUUCAGGGCUUGAACGAGAUUCCGAAGCUGCUGGAGCUGGUGCGAAGUGGAAAGAUGGCGGGCAAGGGCAUCGUGAUUGUUGACCCGAAGCAGAUCGAGCACGAGAAGACCAUUGGGGCGACGAUCUAA